CGCGGGUCGACUGGGGAGGAUGGCCCAGGCCGGGGGAAUCGCUCCUACGGCCCGCUGCCCCGUCCCCUGAGCCGGGUAAGCUGCGAGACCCCUUCCCUCUUUCCCUCCCGCCCCGCGCGCGACGCGGGAAUGGCUCCCUGGCCGCACGGGAACAGCCCUCUGGCCCCGUGGCCAGAUGUCCCCACCCGGGCGCCCAAUACUGCUAACGCGAGCGUGCCCGGGGUGCCGUGGGCGGUGGCACUAGCGGGGCUCUGUGCGCUAGCGGUGCUGGCCACCGUGGGGGGCAACCUGCUGGUAAUCGUGGCCAUCGCCCGGACGCCGAGACUCCAGACCAUGACCGACGUGUUCGUGACUUCGCUGGCCACAGCCGACCUGGUGGUGGGGUUCCUGGUAGUGCCGCGGGGUGCCACGUUGGCGCUGACCGGCCACUGGCCCCUGGGCGCCACCGGUUGCGAGCUGUGGACCUCGGUGGGCGUGCAGUGUGUGACCGCCAGCAUGGAAACCCUGUGCGCCCUGGCGGUGGACCGCUACCUGGCCGUGACCGACCCGCUGCGCUACGGCGCGCUGGUCACCAAACGCCGAGCCCGGGCAGCAGUAGUCCCGGUGUGGGUCGUGUCCGCCUUGGUGUCGUUUGCGCCCAUCAUGAGCAAAUGGUGGCGCGUCGGGGCCGACGUCGAGGCGCAGCGUUGCCACUGCAAUCCGCGCUGCUACGCCUUCGCCUCCAACAUGCCCUACGCGCCGCUCUCCUCCGUCUCCUUCUACUUUCCGCUCCUGGUGAUGCUCUUCGUCUACGCGCGACUUUUCGCGGUGGCUACGCGCCAGCUGCGCUUUCUGCUCCGGGAGCUGGGCCGCUUCCCGCCAGAGGAGUCUCCGCGGGCUCGGUCUUGCUCCCUGUGCCCCGCCCCGGCGGGGCCGUGCGCCUGGCCCAAAGGGGUGCCCUCCUACGGUCGGCGGCCGGCGCGCCUUCUGCCUCUGCGGGAACACCGCGCCCUGCUCACCUUGGGGCUCAUCAUGGGAAACUUCACUCUCUGCUGGUUGCCCUUCUUUGUAGUCAACGUGCUGCGCGCCCUCGGGGGCCCCUCUCUAGUGCCCGGCCCCGCUUUCCUCGCCCUUAACUGUCUAGGCUAUGCCAACUCUGCCUUCAACCGCUCAUCUACUGCCGCAGCCCUGUCUUUCGCAGCGCCUUACGCCGCCUGCUGGGCCGCUGCCGGCCCGAGGAGCACCCCGCCGCCGCCUCCACGCCCCCGCGGCCCUGACCAGCCCCGCAGAAUCCAGGCAGUGCCCACCGCUCGACUGGGCUUCCUGGGGACUUUCUUAGACCUUGAAGAAACAACUCCAUUGAUCCAGAACCUUUGGAGAGCCUCUGGCCUGUUCGGAAUGAGCCCUGUGGAGUUUCCCAGCUGGAAAACUCUGCCCUCCGGAACCUGACCACUGAGCCAUGAGAUGGGGAGGGGGUCUGGCUUGGGAGGGGGAACCCUUACGAAGUGGGUUUUCACCAUUCUCUCUCUUUCUCUCUCUCUCUCUCUCUCUCUCUCUCCUUCCGAGAGAUGUUUUCUAAACCCCACCCCUGAACUUCACCACUACCUCAGCAGCCUGAGUGUCUGGCUGUCCUUGCAGCAGCCGGGCUGGCUUUGCCUGGGCACCCAUCCCCUUGCUCGCUUGAGUGCUGUGUGCUUAGGGCAAAGAGAGCACCCUCGUUCCAUUCCUUCUGCCACCCAGACCCUGAUGAACCAGUCAGUGUACUGGAGGCCCUGGCGACCCAGGCUGAGAAGAAGCAGCUAGAAAAGGUCAAGGUUUGGGGUUUGGUUCCUGGCUCCCUCAUUACAGCCCUCUAAGCUCCAGCCUCCCUCACUUUAGACACAGGAUGGCUCUGAUCUACCUCACAGCAGGGUCAGAAGGACUUCUUUAGAGUUUUGGGGGGCUCCUGGGUUCGUGGGGAGGUGAACCAUUAGAAUGGAUUCCUUCUUUUCCUUUUAAAAUCAAAUUAAUAAAUAUUA